AUGCACCCUUCCUGUCAGAUGCAACAUACUGUCAACCUUUCCUUAGUCUUUUUCAAAAAAGGAUCGGCCAUUCGAAAGAAUUUGUGGCUGUCCUAUUACCCCAACACAACAAGAAAAGCCGCCUUGACAGCGCCACAAGACUUCAACCUGCUCCGUAUGGCUGCAUAUCUCAACAUUCCUUCAGUUGCUCGCCAACUUGAACAGGAAGGUGAGCUCGAAGCGCGAUUGAACACCCAAGAUAGCCAAGGAAGCACACCACUUGGACUCUCAAUCGUAAUGGGAAGCAUGGACAUGUUUGUCUUCCUCAUGGAGCGGGGUGCGUGUCAGCCCUCCUACGGUGGAGAGAACUUGUUAAUCCUCGCCUGCCGUAAGGGGAGUGUUCAAAUUGCAAAAUAUCUUCUAGAGAAUGGAUACGAUGCCAACUGUGCACAAGAAGAAGUUGAGUGGACGACAUGGGCAGACGGGGCUACUCGGUUCAUUCACAGUUUGUUCUGUGAGGUUAAGGAAUUCGCCUCCCAGAAAGACCAAUGA